GGCCCUCAGGCCAAUGCUGAAAGGCUUUUUGCUUGGCCUCGCGUUUCCCGCGCUACGACAGUCCAAAGUGCUGUACUUUUUAGCGAGCAAUCGCUCAGAGUUUCAUUGAGACCGCCUGCUUUGGCUAGGAUUUUUUUUCUGAUAUUGCGUUUACCUCAACACGUAUUGGGCAGUUUGGGGAGUUUGGGAAAUACCGCUUUUUGCUGUUAAGACUAGCUACCCAAGCCAUACAAAACCACGCCUCAGACAUCUACCCAGCUUGCAACAACACCAGUCCCAAAAUCCCGCAUUCUUCCCUGCGACCCCGCAAAUGAAAGACGCACAACCACCACAGCAGCAGCAGCAGGACGCCGCCUCGUCAUCCUGCAAAGCCGAUGUACGACAGCCCAUCUCACGUGACAGCUCCCUUAUGCCCCGAUACUUAGAGCUUAUCCGUUCCGGUGCAAAAACAGUUGAAGGACGGAUCCGCGCUGGCAAGUGGGCAGACGUCAUUCCGGGCGACAUCUUCCGGUUCUUCAGUACGGAGGAUGCGGCCGCGUGCGUAACGUGCCGUGCGGCAUCAGUACGGCAGUACAACAGCUUCCAGGAGAUGCUCGAGCGGGAGGGUUUGCAUGCUUGUUUACCGGGCGUGGCGAGUUUGGCUGAGGGGGUUGAGGUGUACCGGGGGAUUCCCGGGUACAGGGAGCGAGAGGGAGUGGAGGGCGUGGUUGGAGUGGGCGUGGUGGUGCUGCAGGAUAGUUAGUCGCUGAGCGGCUGAGGGCCAAGGCGACGGCUGCAGGUGUGUGCAUGUAAUACAGGUGUGUUUGUGUAAGUUGAAGCACUCGACAUGUGAUGGGCAAAUCGUGAUCGCCAACAAACGGACGGUAUUGUACGGUGCAAGCGGCUCCUGACUCUUUUACAGGCUCACACAGCGGCCAUUAUGUAUUUCAAGCUGCGUCUUGACUAACCCAGACUGUGUGAAUUAUUGUUGCAGACUGGUAUAGCCACCAAUCCAGUAACAGGAUGUGGAAGGACCCGUGGGUCGGGGUGUGACGCCUCCUGAGGAACUCUAGUCUUGCUUGUGAGGUCUCCGGACACGUUGUGAGGGGCUGUAAGAGGCUCGGUGUUUGCAAGCACUUGUCUG